GAUUUAUAUCUUCGAGAUCGGUGAAGAAUGGGUGUACCGUCGUUUUACCGGUGGUUGGCGGAGAAGUAUCCUCUUUUAGUGGCUGAUGUUAUCGAGGAAGAGCCUGUUGAUAUCGAAGGUAUCAAGAUUCCGGUGGAUACUAGUAAACCUAACCCUAACAAUCUCGAAUACGAUAAUCUCUAUCUCGACAUGAACGGGAUUAUCCAUCCUUGUUUCCACCCCGAAGAUAGGCCAUCUCCAACUACCUUCGAGGAGGUGUUUCAGUGUAUGUUUGAUUACAUUGAUAGGCUUUUUGUGAUGGUACGGCCACGGAAGUUGCUCUAUAUGGCUAUUGAUGGGGUUGCUCCAAGAGCUAAAAUGAAUCAACAACGGUCUAGGCGGUUUAGAUCUGCUAAAGAUGCAUCGGAUGCUGCUGCUGAAGAAGAACGGCUGCGAGAGGAGUUUGAGAGGGAGGGUAGAAGACUCCCCCCUAAAGUGGACUCUCAAGUGUUUGAUUCUAAUGUUAUUACACCUGGAACAGAAUUCAUGGGCGUUCUGUCUAUUGCGCUGCAAUAUUAUGUACACCUUAGACUUAAUCAUGAUGUUGGUUGGAAAAAUAUCAAGGUUAUUCUUUCAGACGCAAAUGUUCCAGGUGAAGGGGAGCAUAAAAUCAUGUCAUACAUUCGUCUUCAAAGAAAUCUUCCUGGUUUUGACCCAAACACUCGGCAUUGCUUGUAUGGACUGGACGCUGACCUGAUUAUGUUGGGCUUGGCGACCCAUGAAGUUCAUUUUUCAAUUCUUCGAGAGGUGGUCUACACUCCUGGACAGCAGGAGAGAUGCUUCUUGUGUGGUCAAAUGGGCCAUAUGGCUGCAAAUUGUGAAGGAAAAGCAAAGAAGAGGGCAGGAGAAUUUGAUGAGAAAGGCGAUGGAAAUGAUUUUGUCAAAAAGCCAUAUCAGUUUCUUCAUAUCUGGAUUCUUAGAGAAUACCUGGAGCUUGAAAUGAGGAUUCCCAACCCCCCAUUUGAGAUUGAUUUAGAGCGCAUUGUUGAUGAUUUUAUCUUCAUAUGUUUCUUUGUGGGCAAUGACUUCUUACCUCAUAUGCCGACAUUAGAGAUUCGAGAGGGUGCUAUCAACUUGCUUAUGGCUGUUUACAAGAAGGAAUUUCGGUCACUUGACGGCUAUUUAACGGAUGGGUGCAAGCCAAAUUUAAAGAGGGUGGAACAGUUUAUUCAGGCUGUUGGAUCGUACGAAGAUAAGAUAUUUCAGAAAAGAGCCAUGAUACAUCAGAAGCAAGCGGAAAGAGUAAAGCGAGAGAAAGCUCAGCCAAGACAAAAAAAAAUGGAUGAUGCAGCUCCGACAGCUCAACCAGAUUCUCUUGUUCCGGUUGCACGAUUUAGUGGUUCUCGACUUGCGUCGGCUCCUACACCUUCACCCUUUCAGUCUAACCAUGGAAGGUCUGCUCCGCCUCAAAAAGUUCGACGUGUAUCUUCAGGAUCCAGUGUUGGUGCUGCUAUUGUUGACGUCGAGAACAGUCUCGAAUCUGAUGAACACGAGAACAAAGAAGAGCUAAAGACAAAGCUCAAGGAGUUAAUCCGUGAGAAAUCAGAUGCGUUCAACUCGGAUACUACUGAAGAGGAUAAGGUGAAGCUAGGGCAACCUGGAUGGAGAGAACGAUAUUAUGAAGAGAAGUUCUCAGUAGUAACUCCUGAAGAAAUGGAAAGAGUGCGGAAGGAUGUUGUUUUGAAGUACACAGAAGGCCUUUGUUGGGUCAUGCAUUACUACAUGGAAGGUGUUUGCUCCUGGCAGUGGUUUUAUCCUUACCAUUAUGCACCAUUUGCUUCUGAUCUGAAAGAUUUGGGAGAGCUGGAUAUUAAGUUCGAAUUAGGAACUCCUUUUAAGCCUUUCAAUCAACUUCUUGGGGUGUUCCCAGCUGCAAGUGCGCAUGCACUUCCAGAGCGCUACAGGACCUUGAUGACAGAUCCCAACUCUCCUAUCAUUGAUUUUUACCCAACCGAUUUUGAAGUCGACAUGAAUGGAAAGCGUUUUUCAUGGCAGGGUAUUGCUAAGCUGCCUUUCAUUGAUGAAAAGCGCCUACUAGAAGCUGUUUCCGAAGUGGAAUUUACAUUGACGGAUGAAGAGAAGCGUAGAAACAGCAGGAUGUGUGAUAUGCUUUUCAUAGCAACGUCUCAUCGCCUGGCUGAACUCGUCUUUUCACUUGACAAUCACUGUCGGCAAUUAAGUGCCAGGGAGAGAGUAGACUUUAAGGUUAAGAUCAAACCUGAGCUCAGUGAUGGUAUGAAUGGCUACUUGACUCCGUGUUCAGGGGAGACUCACCCGCCAGUAUUCAGGUCCCCAAUGGAGGGUAUGGAGGACAUCUUGACCAACCAAGUCAUAUGUUGUAUUUAUAGACUUCCAGAUGCACAUGAACACAUAACCAGGCCUCCUCCUGGUGUCAUCUUCCCUAAGAAGAUUGUGGACAUACAGGACUUGAAACCCCCACCUGCUCUGUGGCAUGAGGAAAACGGAAGGAGACCGAUGCAUAAUAAUCACGGGAUGCAUAAUAAUCACGGGAUGCAUAAUAAUCAUGGGAUGUAUAAUAAUCAGGGGAGGCAAAACCCACCUGGAAGUGUAUCUGGGAGGCAUCUGGGAGAUGCAGCACAUCGUCUUGUCUCCAACAGCUUACAGAUGGGAACAGACCGAUAUGGAUAUCAGACACCAACAGAUGUACAUGCUCAGAAUCCUCCUGGUUAUGGCUACAAUCCUCCGCAGUAUGUUCCACCAAUUCCUUACCAACAUGGUGGCUAUAUUGCUCCACCUGGCGCGCAAGGCUAUGCUCAGCCGCCUCCUUACCAAAGCCGAGGCGGGUACCAACCUCGUGGACCCAGUGGGAGAUUUCCAUCAGAGCCUUACCAGAGCCAAUCACGGGGAGGUCACCAUGACUCUAGAGGAGGGGGGUAUUCUGGUAAUCAACAUCAACAGCAACAACAAUGGCAUGGUCAAGGUGGGUCCGAGCAUAAUAACCCACAAGGGUAUGGUGGUCAGCAUCAUCAUCAACAAGGUGGUGACCGCGACCGCAGAGGAGCAGGAGGCGGAGGAAGAGGUAGAGGAAGAGGAAGUCAUCAUCAUGAUCAAGGCGGGAAUUCGUUUACCGCUUUGCGUCCUAGACAUCGAUAUUGAGCACAAUGAAUUGGGCGGCUCUUGGUCUUAGCUUAAUGGGAAUAAGAGCAGCUGGGAGAAACUAUAGGUUACAUAAGUUUUCCAUACCCUUUUCUACAUUUUUAUUUAUCAUCAUUUGGUGUAUAAUUAUUUAUAUACAGAUGCUUUGUAUUGUACCUUGUUUUCAAACGAUUGUUUUAUUCGGUUAAACUAUAACACAUCUGCUUCUUUUACUGGUUUGAUCUUCAAACUUCCUAUAUGCAAAAUGCUUCUGGCAAAGCUUGAAAAUCA